UCAAUUUAGGUGCAGGGUUCAUUGCGUUGUUGACUUUGUUCAUGGUUAUGUCAGGUAUUGCCAACUGGGCAGUGUUGUUGUGUCCUAGCUUGGUCAUGCGCCUUAACGGAUCCUUCUCUAAGGCGUUGAAAAGGCACGUUACGCUUCCGGCUAUGUAUUCCACGAACAAGAACGCGCCACUCAAGCUUUUCGGCCUUCCUUUUGGGCUUCUUCCUACAAGAGCCGAGUCAUUGAUUAUUUUUCUGCUCUGGGUGUACAUGAUUUUGGGAAGCAGUAUUGGGUUCCAUCAUGUCAGCGGCAAUUUUAUGUGGAACAGAGCAAUGUCAGAAAUGGGUAACCUUAUCGGUGAUAGGGCAGGUAUGUUGGCGCUCUUUGUGUAUCCUAUGCUGAUCUUGUUUGCGUCAAGGAACAACGUCUUGAUGUUCUUCACCCGGUGGAGCUAUACCAGGUUUAAUACCUUACACAGACACAUGGCUCGCAUAUUUCUUGUAUUGGUUAUGGCUCAUGGAAUUGCCAUGACCAUUAGCAUGAUUGGAGUUUCAACAGCCAAUUACAAGGAAAGUUUGACUGGUUACGUCUUGUGGGGUAUUUCCGCGGCCAGCUUAAUGGGAUUCAUUGUAAUUCAAUCCAUACUCCUUGUGAGAAGAAAGUCCUACGAGGCCUUUUUGAUUGUGCACAUUGUGCUUGCAAUCGCCAUUUUAAUUUCUAUCCAUUACCACAUCAACUCCUUUGGUCUCCAAGGCUUUACCUGGUCUACCAUCGGUAUUUGGGCUUUGGAUAGGGUUAUCAGAUUGAUUCGCAUGUUUAGCUUUGGAGUGAAGGAGGCGAGCGUCAAGUUGAUCGCUGGGGAAACUGUGAAGGUGACGGUACCAAAGCCAAAGCACUGGAAUGCAAAGCCAGGUCAGUAUGCGUUUGUGUCCUUCAUGAUGCCAGCUUGUUUCUGGCAAUCGCACCCAUUCACCGCAAUUUCCACCAACGAAAAUGAGCUCAGUUUUGCUAUCAAGGUCAAAGGUGGUGUCACCCUGAGCUUGUACAAGCACUUGGUUUCCAUGCCUUCUCAGACCGCAAAGAUUAAGGUGUGCAUCGAAGGACCUUAUGGGUUCUCAUCCCCAGCUCAGAAAUACAGCCAGUCGUUGUUGAUGGCGUCGGGUAACGGUAUCCCCGGUAUGUACGACCAUGCCAUGAGAUUAGCUACUACCAGCACGAAGCACUCUGUCAAGUUGAUCUGGAUCAUGAGAAACUACAAGUCUCUUUCUUGGAUGUACGAAGAGAUGAAGAAGUUGGGAAGUACCAAGGUUGAGACCAUUGUGUACGUCACCAGACCUAAUGAUUUUAUAAGGAAAAACCUUGAACUUUUCGGUACCGAUUCCACUGGUUCUGAAUCGGACAGAUACGACGAGAGUAAGGAAGAGGUCAGAGUAAAGACCGAGAUAAACAGUGUGCAUAAGUUGCAGGAAAGUUUGCCACACAUCGAGUUCAGAGAGGGCAGGCCAGAUAUUGACGGUAUCAUCGUGGAUGAGAUUUCUCUGGCCCAAGGGAGUGUUGCAGUUGUCACUUGUGGCCAUGAUAGCAUGGUUGAUGCAAUUAGACAUGCCGUUGUGAAUAGCUUAGACGCCACUUCUCAUCGUGUUGAUUACUUUGAGGAAUUGCAAAUUUGGGCAUGAGUCUAAAGUUACAUGGAGUUAAGAUAGUUGUCGUCAGUUUCAUUGGAUUUUGAAAAUUUUAAAAACAUGUAUCUCAAACUGGAAUAAUUAGUGGAUGUUAUUGCAUGUGCAAGACCGGAUUAUCCUCGCUAGACGUCUGUUACCUGGCCCAUUCAUAGAAUAGCCAGUUAGGGAAGAGGGUUUGGCUCGUGAAUACAUCCCUCACGUAUCCUGAGCCAACCCUGGUUUUCCUUUUCCGCAUUCGGAGGUAUCGGAUGCACGCAGAGAUU